CUUGAUAUGUAGUUAGGCCUAACUUUGGUGGGUUAAUGGUAGAAGCAAGAUUUAAAAAUCCAGAACGACAAAUUUUCUGGUUUUUAGUCUCUCUACUUCUAAACCUUAAGCUAGAACUUCAACACUGAAUUGGAAAAAAACAACACCCGUCGCCGUCGAAGUCGCCGUUUCCCGGAAACCCUAUCUCUCUGAAUCUCUCUUUAUACAUGUUCCAUUUACAUACUUAAAAUUUCAAAGUAGAUAUGGAUGACGGGGAGGGAGGUUUGAGUUUCGAUUUCGAGGGCGGACUUGACGCCGGCCCUACACAUCCCACCGCCUCCAAUCCAGUGAUCCAACCGCCGGAAGCCACUUCCACUGGUGGCGCCGCCGCCGUCACAAACGCCAGCCACAAUAGCAACAGUCAAUUUGGCGGUCCUCCUGCCACGACUCAACCCGGGACCGUUCAUGAUGGCGGCGGAAUGGGAGGAAAUCAAAGGCGUAGUUUCCGGCAGACUGUUUGUCGUCACUGGCUCCGCUCUCUUUGUAUGAAAGGGGAUGCCUGUGGGUUUCUCCACCAGUUUGAUAAAUCUCGGAUGCCUAUUUGUAGAUUUUUCCGGCAAUAUGGCGAGUGCCGGGAGCAGGAUUGUGUUUAUAAACAUACUAAUGAGGAUAUCAAGGAGUGUAACAUGUACAAAUUAGGAUUUUGUCCAAAUGGUCCUGAUUGCCGAUAUAGGCAUGCAAAGCUCCCAGGACCUCCACCUCCAGUAGAAGAAGUGCUCCAGAAGAUUCAGCAGUUGACCUCCUAUAAUCAUGGAAAUACAAACAGAUUUUACCAAAACCGGAACUCUAAUUUCUCACAGCAGCCAGAGAAAUCUCAGUUUUCUCAAGUAAAUAAUGGCUCUAACCAGGUUGCAAAACCUACUACUGGAGACUUUCCUGCUGGGCAACAGCAGCAGAGUCUGCCGUCACAGCAGAUAUUGAACCAGGCUCAAACACAAAAUAUUUCCAAUGGGCAACAGAAUGCGACAAGUAAAGCUACUCCUCUGCCUCAAGGAACAUCUAGGUACUUCAUAGUAAAAAGUUGCAACCGUGAGAAUUUGGAACUGUCUGUUCAACAAGGUGUAUGGGCAACUCAGAGGAGUAAUGAGGCCAAGCUAAAUGAAGCUUUUGAUUCUGUGGACCAUGUUAUCUUAAUCUUUUCCAUCAAUCGGACAAGACAUUUUCAGGGCUGUGCAAAAAUGACAUCACGAAUUGGUGGAUCAGUUAGUGGUGGCAAUUGGAAGCACGCGCAUGGAACUGGUCAUUAUGGGAGGAAUUUUUCAGUGAAAUGGUUAAAGCUCUGUGAAUUGUCUUUCCAUAAAACACGCCAUUUGAGGAACCCGUACAAUGAGAACUUACCAGUGAAGAUAAGUAGAGAUUGUCAAGAGCUGGAGUCCUCUGUUGGCGAGCAGCUAGCUUCAUUACUCUAUCUCGAGCCAGACAGUGAACUUAUGGCUAUUGGUGUUGCUGCUGAGUCAAAGAGGGAGGAGGAAAAGGCAAAGGGCGUCCCAGAAAUCAGAAGUGAGAACCCAGAUAUUGUCCCCUUCGAGGACAAUGAGGAAGAGGAAGAAGAGGAGAGUGAGGAAGAAGAGGAUGAGAGCUUUGGCCAGGUUUACGAGGCAACAGGCCAAGGAAGAGGAAGAGGAAGGGGAAUGAUGUGGCCUUCUUUCAUGCCCUUAGCACGAGGAGCAAGGCCACUACCAGGAAUGCGUGGCUUCCCCCCUGGUAUGAUGGGUGGUGAUGGGUACUCUUAUGGUGCUGUGGGACCUGAUGGUUUUCCCUUGCCAGAUCUUUUCGGUAUGGCUCCUCGACCUUUUGGUCCGUAUGGACCUCGAUUCUCUGGUGACUUUCUGGGACCUGGACCUGGAAUGAUGUUUCCGGGCCAGCCUUCGCAACCUGGAAAUUUUCCAGCUGGCGGAUUUGGGAUGAUGAUGGGUCAAGGAAGGGCCCCUUUCAUGGGAGGAAUGGGUGUUGGUGCUGGAGGACAAGGGCGACCUAAUCGGCCUGCUGGUAUGAACCCAUCAUUUCCCCCUGGACCAUUGCAGCCUUCUCAAAACUCAAACCGAGCAAAAAGAGACCCAAGAGCAGCCAUGAAUGACAGAUUCAGUUCAGGUUCGGACCAAGGCAGGGUUCAGGAUGCGGGAGCCUCAGUUGGACCGGAUGGUGAUACAAGGUACCAGCAAAGAGGAAAGGCUCAGAAAGAGGAAGAGUUUGGUGGAGGAAACAACUUCAGAAAUGAUGAAAGUGAGAGCGAGGAUGAGGCUCCAAGAAGAUCAAGGCAUGGCGAGGGAAAGAAGAAAAGGCGCAGUUUGGAAAGAGAUGGUCCUAAUGCUGAUGCUUAGGUUAGGUGAAGUAAUCACGUAAAAUGUUUUUACCGGGGACAUCAUACCAUUAACAUGUGAAGCUGUUUCAUUUUGUGAGGCAAACGGUCGUGUCCAUUCUUGGUACAUCUUUUUGUGUAGGUUGGUUGGAUCUUGGCAGUAUAUGUUUGUACUGUGUUGAUUAACUGGUGUAAAAUUGAUUAGCAUCUAAGGUUGAAACUGUUUAGGCCUUAAAGUAACCCAUAGUGAUAGUAAAUUCUGGGAACUGUUUUGCCGUAGCCGCUGGAGAAUGGUCCUCAGAAUAGGAAGGCCCUUGAAUGGUAGAAAAGAGUAGACAUAGUAUUGGAAAUGCUCUUGGUUUUUUGUUAAUGCUUUGUAAACUUUUGGGAGACAUGCGGCAAUUUUCAUGAUUUGAUAUGGGUUAGGUUCAGUUCAAAUCUUGAUCGAUGUAUGAAAACCAGAUUUCUUAACUAGAACUGAAAAAGCAAAUUGUGCAG